GGAAAUAUCUCGCCUCCUCUCAGAUCUCAUUCGCGGGGUCUCGCAUCAAAGCAGGUCUGCGGUGAGUUGGGUGAUCGACGGGGACGAUGGGGACCUGGUUUUCAACGCUUGGCGCGCAUAUCUAAGGGCUUUGCAGUGCGGCGCGCGCAGGGGGAAUCCUCCUUAAUGAAGUCCCGCGUGACGCGCUGCGUGUUGAUUGACGAGCGGAGCGGCGGACCGGGGGCCACACACAUCUCUCCGGGGUUCUGGAGGGGCACGCUGUGGACAGACUGAGCUGUCGCCCGCGGUCGCUUUGUAUCGGAGCAGGCGAGGAGCCAUCGUUGUUUACUGCUCACUGCCUGGAGCUUGGCUGUCCCUUGGUCGGACUUAUGCUCUACGGUGGGGAGCUUGUGGAUCUCCUCAAACACAUCGGAUCGCUCCUCUGACGUCCGGACUUGGAUGUUUCUCUGAGCUCCAGCCCGGCCUUUAGGUGUGAUCGGAGUCGCAGGGUAUCGGCGCAGUGACGGCCGAUGGCGCAACGGUACGAAGAGCUGCCCCACUACGGGAUGGACGGGAUCCCCCUCACCAUGUACGGGGACCCGCACGCAGCCAGGGCCCUGCAGGCCGUGCACCUAGGCCACGGGCCCCAGUACCACCAGUACGCCGUCCCGCCCGGCGUGGGCUCCGGCGCCAACGACGCAGUAAACAGAGACAAAGACUCAAUUUACGGGCACCCUCUAUUCCCGCUGCUCGCGCUGAUCUUUGAGAAAUGCGAGCUGGCGACCUGCACGCCGAGGGAGAGCGGCGCGGCCGGCGGGGACGUCUGCUCCUCCGGCUCCUUCAACGAGGACAUUGCGGUGUUUUCCAAACAGAUUCGAUCAGAAAAGCCCUUGUUUUCUUCGAAUCCAGAGUUGGACAAUUUGAUGAUUCAGGCGAUCCAGGUUUUGCGGUUCCACCUCCUGGAGCUGGAGAAGGUCCACGAACUCUGUGACAACUUCUGUCACCGCUACAUCAGCUGUCUGAAGGGCAAGAUGCCCAUCGACCUGGUGAUCGACGACCGGGACGGGAACAAGUCGGACAGCGAGGACUUCCCCCGGCCCUCCGGAGCCCUGGACCAGAUGUCUUGGAGCCGGGACCAUGACGACACAGCCUCCGUCCGCUCAGCCGGCACCCCGGGUCCCUCCAGUGGGGGCCCCACCUCUCACAGUGGGGACAACAGCAGUGAGCAAGGCGACGGUCUGGACACCGGUGCGGCGUCGCCCAGUGGGGGGGAUGACGACGAGCUGGACCGCGACAAGAGGAACAACAAGAAGAGAGGGAUCUUCCCAAAGGUGGCCACCAACGUGAUGCGCGCCUGGCUCUUCCAGCAUCUGACUCACCCUUAUCCGUCGGAGGAGCAGAAGAAGCAGCUCGCACAAGACACAGGCCUGACCAUCUUGCAAGUCAACAACUGGUUCAUCAACGCCCGACGCAGGAUCGUUCAGCCCAUGAUCGACCAGUCCAACAGAGCAGUGAGCCAUGGCGGCCCCUAUACUCCAGAUGGUCAGCCAAUGGGAGGCUUCGUCAUGGACGGCCAGACACACAUGGGAAUCAGGCCACCUGGAACCCUAGGAGGCAUGGGCAUGGGCAUGGAGGGACAGUGGCACUACAUGUGAAGCCCUGGCUAGGGGCCCCUCUGGACUCAGGACUACACGCAAGGCCCGGCCUGGACAUCCUGUCAUCCCCUCCCCCUCAGAGCCCCUCUCUCCCGGCAGGCUGGUCCAGAGAGCAACCAGCCCCCCCCCAAUGGACACCCUGCCCUAGCCUUGCCUUGGCUCGCUGUCAGCAGAGCUGACAUCAAACGCCUCCUGAAACCAGGGUUCCCCCCAUGGCAUUUGAAGUGUGGGGGACCAUUGUUUUCCAAACACCUGCUCCUGACCUCUCCCUCCGUCUCCUACGUGAAGACCCCUGGCCCACACUGAGGGAGGACGGCGAAAACCAAAACGUAAAGAGGAAGCACGUUGUAGAUGAGCAUGUAGAGAGGGUGCUGGAGAUUGGGGGGGGGGGGGGGGGGGGGGUUGUUUAACUAGCCCGGUAACUUGUGUUGACAAGCAGCUCAGCUGAUGUCUGUAUGCUUUCCAAGGAAGGGGCUUAUCAAGGAGACCAGCAUGUCUCCACCCUUUUGUGGAGAGGAUGACUCUGAUGGAUCCAGCUCUUUGGGGAAAAAUGGACAAGGAAGAGCUGCCAAGUGGUGGGCUCCUCGCUGUAGCUCCAUGGUCUCCCUGGACCUAGACAAGAAGAGACACUUUUUCCACAGGCUCUGGGGUGGCCUUUUGCAUAUGAUGCUGUUUUCAAACAAGGAUUUGGUCUUGUUUGAUGUUUCACACUGUGUGUGUCUUUUUCGUAGACUUUUAUCUUCACUUGAUGUCUAUGAAUCUCGUUACACCUAAAAUGAUAAUAAAUAUAUUAAAAAAAACGUU